CACACACCCAAAUCACCAGAACAACAUCUUCAGCCUCUCUCUCUCUCUCGUAGGUUUUUUAUUUGUAUUCUUCAACUACGCAAUACUUUUAUUGAUCUGUUCGCGAAGGGCUUUUUGCUGAAACAAAUCCAAGAUGAGUCAAUACAAGCAGAACCAGCACUCUGCAGAAGCAUACCCAGCGCCACCACCUUCCACAGCCCCUACAUACGUAGCACCACCACCGGCCGGUUAUCCGAUGAAGGGCGGCACAGGAAACCCACAGAAUCAUGCUCCAAUUAAGACCAAGACCAGAGGCGAUGGCUUCUGGAAGGGUUGUUGUGCCGCCCUGUGUUGCUGUUGUAUGUUGGAUGCUUGCUUCUAACCCCAACCGGCCGACUCACAGAAAUACCUGGAUUACCGAUUAUUGUCUUGUCCAUUUGUGAUUUGUUUUAUACCAUAAUCUCUUUUUGUCUUAUUUUUUUUAAUAUAAUAAUUUGGUCGUGUAAUGGCUAUGUUCAUGCCAAUGCCAUAGACUCUGUGUUCUAUGGUGGGUUAUUUCCAGCUAUAUCAUAAUUUGUCUGUGUCUGUA